AUGGCUUCCCCUUCUCCUUCCCGGAGAGGGAGACGCCAUGACAGUAGCAGGCACAGAUUCACAUCAUCUUCGAAUCAAAGGUCACGGGAUCGAAUCCCAAACCGAUCACACAGGUCCAGAGAAUUUCAUGUGAGGCGUGGCAGAAGCAGAAGCAGAAGCAGAAGCCGAAGCCAUGACAGACACAGAAGGCAUCACAACAGAAGCCGUGACAGACACAGCAGGCGUCACCAUGAAUACAGUUCAAGACCUUCAAGGUCUACCAGAAAUUCCCCUUUGAAGGAAAGGAAUCAAAUCGCAUUUGUACGAAAAUCUCCAUUAGACCUUUACAAACAAUUUCUCGCCGAGCUCGAUGUUAACACACUACCUGAGGAAGCACACCGUUUGUUCGAAUCCGAUCUUCGCGUCAAGAAAGAGGACUUUUUCUAUACCCAUAAAGACGAUCCCAGAUUAAAUGAUCUGUACCAUCCUUCCCACAUAGAGAUUGCUAUUCAAAAACGAAAUGAAGAUGGAAAGAAAGCGGCAAGGGACUUCUUUAGAACUAUCAAUGAUCCUUUGAUGAUCUUGGAAUUUGAGCCACCUCAAAAUGAUGAGAGAAUUUUGAACGACUUGAACCUGGCGCGCCACCUUAUUGCCAAGUUUGAUGCAGAGAAGGGUAUUGAAGAAAAUCUUCUGCUUUCCUUUGGACAAGAUGGGUUCUUUGCCCAGUUUGUCCAUGUAAGAAACCCAGAUCACAGCAUUAGAACUCUUGUUGGGAUAGAGCUUCUGAAUGUGGUGAUUACAUAUUUGUGGCGUGUUCAUAAAAUACAUUAUUAUAAGAUGAUUGAAGUAGACAAGAGUUUUGUCAGUGAAGAUGUAUUAAAAAAUCUGCCAGCUGCUGAACUGGAACACAAGUUGGAUUCUGUGUGGAAGGAGAGGUUGCAGGCCACGGAUCGCUUGCUUGUCUCUCUGAAAAAAGAAAAGGUGGAAUGUUUCGUUACCCAAAAUUUACGUGUCCACUAUACCGUAGUGACAGAAGACAGUGGAGAUGGGCAUAGAAUAACUAGCUAUGUUUGUGAAGGGAAUUCUUGUGUCGAAGUCUAUAAAACACUUGGACAAAUCACCACACAUAUCCAUGAUCAACACAGUGAGCUUGUGGAAGUUUACAGUGCACAGAUAAGGCAGGAGAUAUACUGGGAGAACUAUAUGAAUGAUCCCUUUGCACCAUGUGAUCCUCAUGGUGGAUAG